AUGUGGGAAUUCCUCAAAUCCCCCUCCCGCCGCCGCCGCGAAGAACGCCAGCGCCAACAGGAACAACUCCGCAAGGACAUGGCCAUACAAAAAGCUCUCCAAGAGCGCUACGAGCGUGAAGCCAAGGCCCAGCCUGCUUCUACACCGACCGCUGCUACCCCGGCUUACAAGGCUUACUAUCCCUCUUCGAAUACUACAAAGUCCACGCGGGCGUCGCGUGGCUCGGGAUACUCCGGUGGAGGGUCUUAUGGGGGUGGGUAUGUAGGUGAUUCGGGGGGUUCUUAUGGUGGAGGUGGAUAUGGGGAUGGUGGGGGUUCGAGUUCGGGCGGUUGUUCCGGGGGAGGUUCGUCUGGAGGUGAUGGGGGUGGCGGCGGUGGUGGAGGUGGUGGUGAUGGCGGUGGUUGCUGA